AUGUUCGUUCAAGUUCAGUUUCUGAUUGAAGUUUUCUACGGAGUGCUGUAUUUUCCAUCCAAUACUCUUCGUUUCAAUACAUUUGUGCUAUGCAUCAGAGGUGGAACAGUGGACUUGGGGCUGCGUGUGGGUUGUGGUGGUGCUGCAGGUGUUGCUGCGUCCGUGCAGCGCCUUUUCCUCGGCGUUUCUGCCGUCGAUGAUGCGGUGACUUUGGAGGAGGCGGGUGUUGAGGAGGAGUCGACUCUGUUCCAAAGCCUGGAGCUGCUGGGUGCUGGCAAGAAGCGCAAGAGAAAGACCUACACCAAACCUAAGAAACAGAAACACAAGAACAAAAAGGUUAAACUUGCGGUAUUGAAAUUCUAUAAAGUCGAUGACAACAACAACGUCACCAGGCUGCGCAAAGAGUGCCCAUCGAAGACCUGCGGCAGCGGGGUCUUCAUGGCUCAGCACGAGAACCGCAACUACUGCGGCCGCUGUGGCAUUACUUAUAUUCUGCAGGCAGGGGGUGACCACUAA